UCAAAUAUAUUUUAGUAUUUAUUUUGUUGUGUAAAAUUUAUAAUAGAAAAUUAAAAUUAUUUGAACAUGAAUAUUAAUCUUCCAAUACGACAUAUAAACAUUUUUGAAAAACAUUCAAAGCAGAAAUGUAUCCUUCCCCAAAAGUCUUUUCCGAUAAAUGUGUUACCAGGUUCUGUGGCUAAAUGCAACGAAUUUAUUUGCCAAAUAUAUUCAAAAAAUUUCAUAUCAGACAUCUGCUAUAUGGAUGAUUGCUGUAUUGAAUAUUAUAAUAAUUCCUUAUUACACGAAAACUCAAAAGUUCUAACAAAGUUGGUUAUCCUUAAGAAACGUCAAGCAUCAGCAAUAAAUUUAAUCAUCGAAAUUACAGAAAAUUUUCUUUUGAAUUGUUCUGAAAAAAUAACUAAUGAAUAUAUUAAAAAUAUAACACUGCCAGUUUUAUGGUCCUUAAAAUUAGUUUCGCAUUGCACAAUACGAACAAGUAAACUCAAAAACAUUGGAAUCCAGUCGAUUGAAGUGUCCAGUAAUCAGGAACAUAAUCAAGAUGUAUAUUUUGUUAUUACAGAAAUGACAAACUUAAAUGUAUUGGAUAUUCGUUUAAAAAAUAUAUUAUUAAAAGAAGUGAAUUAUUAUUCACAUGGAUUUCAGACAGUUGAUGAAGCUUUACAAAAUAUAUUUAACAUGUCGAUGAAGACGGCUGAAAUGAAGAGUAAAAGAUACUUAGGCCCUUCGGCAAAUGUUUUAAUAUCAGGGCCAUCAGGAUGUGGAAAAAGUUGUUUGGUGUUUGAAUUCAUUAAAAAAAAUAAUUGCAAUUAUUUUAUUAUAACAAAUAAUUUAUUGCAAAGACAACAAUACCCGGGACAAGCAGAAUAUACAAUACGUGGCAUUUUCGAAGCUGUCAAUAAAUUUAUUAGCUUAAAACCAAAGUUACCUACAAUAAUUUGCUUUGAAAACAUACAGUUACUCUGUCCUGUAAUAAAAAGGUCUUCAACUAAUGAUGCAACAGGUCUAAUGAGAAUUAUCGGAGAAGUAGCAUAUCAACUUGAUGAAGUUUUUAGAAGUAAAAAUGAAAUAUUAUGUGUUGCUACUACACCUUCUCUAGAAGAAGUUAAUCCUAUUUUACGAUGUGCAGGUCGAUUUCAACAUGAAUUAUCUAUUAAAAUGCUUACAAAAAAAGAGCGUUAUCAUUUGAUUGAAUCGUUUAUAAAACACAGCAAACUACUUCAAAAUUUAAAUAAAGUCUUUCUUAAAGAGUUCGAAUGUUUAUGCGAAACUAUUGCGAAAUGCACACAAGGAUUUGUAAUAGCUGACAUUAUAAAGUUCUUUAAGAAAUUCGAAAAAUGCUUGAUUUAUACCGACAAUGUGGAGAUGUUAGCUAUGGCAAAAAAAUGUCUCAUGGAGGUGAAACCGGCGUCUACAAUCAAUGCGGACAUUUCUGUUAUUAAAUCAAAUCAAGGAUUUAAUGUAGUUGGUGGUAUGAAUGAUUUAAAGCGUUUAUUAGAAGUAACGAUUUUAGCUGCGUUUCAACAACAUAAGAUAUUUCACAAGUUUGGUUUACAUCUUCCAAAAGGAAUACUCCUAUAUGGACCACCAGGUUGUGCAAAAACAACAUUUGCAAAAUGUCUAGCGCAUGAAGCGAAUAUGUCUUUUAUUGCUGUUUCAAGUGCAGAAGUUUACUCACCAUAUGUCGGAUGCGCUGAAAAAUUUAUUAGUAAAAUAUUUGACAUUGCUAGAAAGCAUUCACCUUGUUUAAUAUUCUUAGACGAAAUUGAUUCGCUAGUUGGGCGACGUGAUGGUUCCUCAGCUGAUGUUCAAACUCGAAUAUUAUCAACAUUAUUGACUGAAUUAGAUGGAAUUAUAGAUAAUUUAAAAAAUGGUUUUAAAGACAAGCAAAUUCUUGUUAUUGCUGCCACUAAUCGUCCGGAAAUGGUGGACGGUGCGUUAAUGCGACCUGGUCGUUUUGACAAAUUAAUUCAUGUGCCCGCACCUGACUACGAAUCACGCAUAUCAAUCUUAAAAUUACGAACUAAGAAUAUGCCUUUAGCAGCAGAUGUUAGUUUAGAUAAUAUAGCAAUUAACACAAAUAAUUUUUCUGGAGCAGAUAUCUGUAAUAUCUGCAAUGAAGCUGCUUAUAAAGCAUUAAGUAGAAAUUUUAAUACUGAUGAAAUAACUGACGAUGAUUUUGAAUAUGCUUUGCAAGCAAAUCAAUCCUCCUUAUCAGAAGAAAUAAUUAAUAAAUAUUAUGACUUUGAGUCAAAAUUUGUGAAAUAAUGUAAUUUUUCAAUCAUUGAAUUUUGAAGUU